GUUCGUCGCCGUGUGGUGAAAAUGAAUGUUUUAGGAGUAUCAAACCCGCCUUCGUAAAGCAUUUCAACGGCAGCAUAAAGGAACACCUAAAUGGGCCAAACUGGCCAUUACUAUAAGUAAAAAGUCGGAGACGGGAAAUUUCCUUCAGAAUGUACAAUUCACUAAUUUUCCCAUUACAAACAUGAGUUUAAUGCAAGGGGGCUGCUCAGUGAUUUGUGGCUCCGUGCGACAGGGUUAUCUGAUGAAAUACGAUCUCGAAAAGGGCUUCGUAGUGGAAGUGAAGCUUCCUAAAUGUAUACCUCCGCAAAACGCUGGCCGUUUUUCGUUAUCCAGUGAUGGAUUACUUCUUGCUAUGACCGCACGUAAUUCACAAGUUCACGUUCUGUCUUCAUCGUCCAUGGAAUUGAUCAAAACAUUGUCCGCUCCGGCAGACGUGACGUCUCUGCAGUUUUUUCCUGGAUCAAAUCGAGAAAUAUGGGCCAUGACAGAGCGUGGUGAAGUAAUUAUAUGGAAUCUCAGUGGAUCUCAACAAAUGUUUCGGGAUGAUGGCGCUGUACGUGGAACUAAAAUUCGAUUAAGCGCUGAUGGUGAUAAAGUGGCAUGCGGAUCAAACACAGGUAUCGUCAAUUUGUACGAUACCGUAGACGUUCGCAAAUGUACUGAUCCAAAACCUCAAGCUGUACUGUCGAAUUUGCUGACGUCUUGUGAUUCAAUUGCAUUCAAUCAUGACGGACAGCUUAUGGCUUUCAGCAGUAACGUAAAAAAGAACCAAGUGAAACUCCUCCAUAUAGCUAGCGGUAGUGUGUUUAGCAAUUUUCCAAGAAAACACGAAAAGAUGUCAAACGUGGAAUGUGUCGAGUUCUCCCCACACAGCGCUUAUAUGGGAAUUGGGUGCACAAAUGGACACCUUAUUCUCGAUCGUCUGAAUUAUUUUGAAAACUAUUGA